CAAAAACCACCAUCCAACUUCGACGCCUUUCCCAGUCAGACUUCAACAAACACCAUCAUCAUGAGCCCCAACAACCGAGUCAGGAUUCGAACCCAUCCACCACUCAGACCAUUCCAAGCUUGGGUACCCUUCAACCCAGACCAAUCCAUCCACUCACUCAAGUCAGCCAUCCUCAACCUACUACAACUCACACCAAACAACCAAUCAACUACCAACUCAGCCGAUGAUAUCCUACUCGAACUAGAUGCCUUUGCAUUUCUCGAUCAAAGCCUCUGCUCGCUAAUCGACCCGGCUCAUGAUCUGAUCGAUGUCAAGACCCUCUCUCCCAUCCCAUCUAGCUCACAAAUCCAACCGAGCAAGAAGAGACGCAGAUCACAGGCCAAGACCCAAACCACCCCCACCGAACCACUGCUAUCACCUCAGCGAUCGAAGAGUCAACCGGCUGAACGUCCAAUCAAGCCACUCCAGCAAUCUAAGCUCCCCAAACUUACUACUCAUCAACCUCCUCCAAACCUACCCAAGAUUCACUCCCCAUCCACCUCCUCAGUCAAUCCUGCGAAUCUCCAAAAGGAUACACCUGCACCGCCAGGGCAAGGAAAACCAUCUACCAAAGCCAGGAAUCAGAGAAAAAGAAUCAAACGAAUCAGAGAGCGCGAGAAGAAGCAAUCAACUGUGCUUGGGAUCAAUCAAACCCAAGCUCACUCCAACCAAAACAACAAACUUCAAUCCAAGCCACCUCAAGCGACUACCAAGGGGGCUCUUAACAUCAACCAAGGAGCCAAGACCGACUCAUCAGAAAGUAGCAAGGAUUGUUCCAGUAGUGAGACCAGUAGUCAACAAGAUCAAUCUAGUUCCGAUUCUUCCUCCGGAACUAGCUCUGAUGAUUCAUCAUCAAGCUCCUCAUCCGAGUCUGACUCUGACUCUGACUCUGACUCUGACUCUGACUCUGAACCUGCUACAUCGGUCCCCAAGUCAACUCUUUCGGAAGCAUCCUCACAACCAUCCGAACUACCCUCGAAACGACCAAACCUCAUGGCACCGAUCACUCAAAAAAAGGUACCAAUCGUCCCCAAUCCCCAUCUGACCAUGCUCUCCCUGUCUAACAAGAACAAACGCAAGAACCUCAAGCGGAAAUCAGGCCCUGAGCAGCUAGCUCAACCUAGCAAGAUUGUAUUCGGAUCCGGCCCAUCCGAAGAAGCUCCAAUGAGUCCAGUCAAGAGCCCCUGUUACAUGCCCCCAUCCCCCAAUCUGGGCACAGCUCCCACCUCACCCAUCCUUGCACCAGCUGAUUUACCUCAGAAAGAUUAUUUUUCAUAUGAUUAUGCGUCCUUUAAUAAUUGUAAUGAGGAGGAGGAGGGGGAGGAGCAAGAGGAGGAGUUUGUCGAUUAUUCGGUCACCCAUACCGCUCGUUCUCAUGGCCCACCUCCCUCUGCCCGAGACUUCGAUCUAAUCCCAUCCAACGUUCUCAUCACCUCGAUCAAUGUUCUCAAUCCCUACUGGACACCUGGUCAAACCGGCGAGCGAUGGGAUUAUGAUCAGCCGACUUAUACACAGCUUGCUUACGAGCAGACGGUCAGCAAGAAGACGCGCAAGAACCGUAAGAAAUCGCUCAAACGACGUCGUAGAAUUGCAGCUAAGACUCGGCUUGCAGACCAAGGGCAACAGGGGGAUGCGGAAGAGGAAGAGGAAGACGGGGGAUCAGAUGGAUCGGAGAUUGAUGAGGAAAUCCGGAAAGACGUCGAAGACGCUUAUGCUGAAUUUAUCGGUUCAGGUGGCCACAGCUCCCAUCAACAAAACGAUCCCAAUCUCCGCCCGGACGGGCUCCUUGAAUCUCUCAAUCAGACAUGGGAUCAACUCGAGAAAGUCGACAGGAAGAGCGCCGUCCUGGGUUCUAAAGUAGCCAUUCGAGUUAGUCAAUAUAAAUUUUAG